UCCUCUUCUUUUCUCACAUUCGCAUCAUCGAUAUCACCGAUAUUUUGUUACCCUUCUCCUGACAGUUCUUAUGCCGAAGAACCUCUGGUCUCCUAACCCCCCGCUUCAAAAACUACAUGCCCGUGUCUACCUUACUUGCCUUUGACUCUUCUCUUCUUUACAUCUUUCUAACUUGCAAAAGUCUGGGAGCUGUGUAUUCAAUCAGUCACCUUCCACACUCGGCUCUGUACAUUACCUCGCCGAUGCUAGUUGUCGGCUUUCGUCAUCCCAAGGAAAAUCGAGCGGAACGACAAGAAAUCACCUAGACCGUAAUCGACUAAAAUCUCAUUCACCCGAUUCAGCGUCUUCCCGCUGAUACAAGCUUCAGUGGAUUUUGCGUAUAAACUUGCUAUCUCUGACCGACGUGUGUCCAUUUCAACCGUCGCAGCUAUGGAUGAUCCCGCAGUAGCUGGCCUUCGUCCAAGUGGUUCCAAUCCUUCACUUAGGCCAAUCAGUAAUGGUACAGGGUCGACGCGAUCAAACGCCUCACAUGUGGCGAGUUACCGUCAUGCUUUAUUGAAGCCAAGCUCACAACGACAGCAGUCAAUUAACAGAGAUCUGCCUGUGCCACCGGUGCUCACUGACGGCCACUCCAAUUCCAUCGCCCAGACCAUAAGCUCACAAAAGCCAGCAAAGCAAGCUCCCAAACGUGCUGAGACUACCUCCCACCCUAUUGAGUCGGUCACGCCAGACCCGGCUGAAGCCGACCCUGGAGAGGUGGCCGGGGAUAGGGUAAACCCUUCAAUUGACGGCUAUGAUCAUUUUCGUACCUGGCGCCUUCCGGUUUCGAAGGUUCGCCCUGCCGCAUACGAAGUCGAAGGAACGUAUCCGUCCUUAAGCUUAGAACUGCCAGAAGAUGUGUAUGCUGUGGGACGCCACUUUCAACAUAACCAUGUGAAUACUCCUAAGGUCCGUCCAUUCGUGGAGUCUUCAUAUAACGAUGCUGCCCAAGUGCAGGAAGAGGGUGAGGGGACUGGAUCAAGAACUGUUCCAGUGUUAACUAGCGAAGUGAAUCCACCGGGUGGUGAUGAUUCACAGAAGGGAGCAAUGUAUUGGGGCCUUCUCCCCAGUUACAAAGAGAAACAGAGCAAGCAACUCCCCAUUACGACUCCACAUGAAGACAAACACUCCAUACCCGGUUCAUACCCAGGAUCUUCCUAUUCUCCUCAAGCUUCUCGAAGAUCGUUGGCUAGUGUUCCACUGGAGAAUACUGAAACGCACUCAAAACAGGAAAACAUCCCCCAUGAAGACAAAAAGGCCAUUAGGGGUUCUGGCACUAGCAGAGAUCGUGGCGGGAACUCAGCUUCUUCUAGAAGCUUGUCAAACCGAAGUGCAAGGUCUAAUAUCGUCAGUUCGCAGCCGUCGUCCCCAACUCCUGGCCCUAUCGGUAUCAACAAGGGACAGCAACCUGCCAGAACUCAGAAGCCUACUAUUAAUCGGACAACUGGGUGGUUCCGAAGACUAUUGGGGUAUGCGGAGCCCAAUGAGCCACCUACAUUGACAAGGCUACCGGAGAGGUCAUCAUCUCAACGAACAUCUCCCGGCGUGGUCAGUUCUAGAGCGUCAGUGACAACUAACUUCUCUUACGAGAAUUUGACCAGUGCGACAACUAUGAAUAACGCCAUGAACGACAUGGAGAAAAUCCUAACGGAGGCUAUAUUAAUAGCUGACGAGGCUAGCAAGAGGGAAUGUGGCCAUGUGGAUGAUGGUCACCUUCCAUUAAAGUCUUCAUCGGAAAUCUCCUUACACUCACCGAGCAUCGAUGAGAGCAUACGGCGUGGUUCGAGUGAGCACGACGAAGACAUAAAUGCUACCCCUACGCCAAAUCCAGUCACUACCAUUGGUGUAGAUAAUGAAGCUAAAGACGUGUCUGUGUACCCAGUGAAACGCUCAGGGCUCAUCAAAUCCAUCAAGCGGGAUGGUAAGAUCCUCAGACCCCUUUUCCUUAAACGUGUGCGCAAAACUGUAAAAGACGUCGAAGGUCGCUAUCAUUCUAUAGAUGAUGAUUGUGUUAUGCCCUUGCCCCCACCGAAUCGUUCGACUAGUCAAGGCUGCGUUGAUCCAGAACCAUUUGAAAAUGACGGAAGCAUUAGACCAACAUCUACGGAGGUUCCAAACAACAGCCAGCUAACCCUUCAGCCUCGGAUAUGUACACAUGGUAGUUCGAAGAUUUCAAGUGAACCAAAAGAGCCUGGAUGCGAUGACCUAGAUUCUGGACGCAGUAAUCAAUUACAUGUAGUUCGACACCAAGACGUAAGUGUCUGCAGCUUAGAUGGUGGUACAUCUGAUGAAGCUGUCGAUUUUUCUACCCAAUACAGCACCGGUGGAAAACGAUAUCCAAGAUUCCCCAGCUUCCGAGGAGCUUCACGGCGUGCUAGAACUGAAAAAUCUGCCAAAGACAACGAGAAAUUAUGGAAGAAGCGGACAACUCCCACCAAGCAUGUCCAUGAGUUACGGAAUGUCAGUCUUCGAAAUAGAUCCCAUGUCAGUAUUGAUGGAGAACAACGUUUCAGUUUGACAAAAUCUGCUAGACGACAACCUACUAUCGCCCGCGACUGGUCCCCAGGCCGAAAACGAUUUGUUGCUUCCGUUGCAUGUAUCAGCACUGCAUUAGUCGGUAUUUUGGUGGGUAUCUAUGCUGGUCUUGUCCCUUCAAUCCAGUACUAUAUCGCCGACUUCCAUCAUUACACUAUCCUUGGCAACGUCGGCCUAUAUCUCGGGAUGGCACUGCCAAACUUUUUCUUCUGGCCUUUGCCCCUUUUACAUGGACGAAAGCCCUACAUUCUGGGUGGUCUUUGUAUAGCAAUGCCGUUACUUUUCCCACAGGCCAUUGCGAUUGGGACUCAGAGGUCUCCAACCAAUUCUGUCUGGAGAAUCGCCUUACUCCUAUCCAGAGCCUUGAUGGGGUUUGCACUGGGAUUUGCGAAGAUGAACUUCCAUUCUAUACUUACUGACUUGUUCGGGGCUUCUCUGAUGAGCCAUGCGCCGCAUCAGGAAGUAGUUGAUGAGUAUGACGUGAGAAGGCAUGGCGGUGGUCUCGGCGUUUGGCUUGGGAUCUGGACGUGGUGCUUCAUAGGUUCGAUAAGUGUUGGUUUUCUCGUAGGGGCAGUGGUGAUCGAGCAUCUGCAACCAUCGUGGGGAUUGUACAUCAGCAUUAUCAUUAUCGCCGCCGUCUUAUUGCUGAAUGUGCUCUGCCCCGAGGUCCGACGUUCCGCUUGGAGACGAUCUGUUGCCGAAGUUCGAAUGGGUGAAACGAUAUCCCGACGAUUAGCACGAGGCGAAGUCAUGAUGCAUCGAGUACAGACAGGACCGAAAUGGUGGGGACAAGAGGUUUACCACGGAGUUGCGUUGUCUUUGGAGAUGCUGCGGCAACCUGGCUUUACCAUCAUGGCUGUGUAUUCCGCCUGGAUAUAUGCACAGAUCAUUCUGGUCAUCGUCCUCCUAGGGUCUCUGACUUCAAAAUCUUAUCGUUACCGUGCCCCAUACGUCGGUGCCGUGGUAUCAUCUGUGGCAAUUGGCGCCUUCUUAGCUAUUCCAUUCCAGAAGGGCAACCUGUUUUCCCAAGCUAGACAUAUGAACCCGAUGUCGAAUAAAACAACCUUCGAUAAGAAGGUUACUUGGACCUCUCAUCUUGUCCGUCGCGCAAUAUUCACGCUAGUUCUUCCUAUUGCCGGCAUCGCGUACACGGCCGUCUCUACAGGGCCACCUAUGCAUGUCAUCUUCCCGUCCAUCUUUGCUGGCCUCAUCGGGUUCCUUUCAUGCCUUGCUAUCUCGGAAUGUAACGGUAUGCUGAUGGAGAACUGGGACUGUUCAGAUCUUCAACCUGGCAUGACCGGUCGCUCCAAGUCAUCAAAGGAUAGCCACAAGCGCACCAACUACUCCUCAUUCCCUCGUGCCACUGCCGGAUGGAAUUUUAUUCAGAGCCUUGGUUUUAUAUUUGCCGCCGGCGCAACUAGCCUUGGCGGUUCAGUCACUCGUCGCCUCGGUCAGAGGACCGCAACUGGAAUUGUUGCCGGUAUUUUGUUUAUCCUUACCCUGCUUCUCCUGGGAACCUUUACACGGUUCAAGAGGAUCCAGAUUAUUCCGGACUGCACAUGUUCAGAGAUGGACCGGUGGACAAAAGAACGGCGAGUAAGCUUGCACAACUGGGCCGCCGCAAUGGCAGCGGCUAAGGCCAAGGGUAAAGAACUUAACGAAAUCCCCGAGGAUGAUGUUGGUUAGAGACCAGCUAUCUUGGGCAACCCAGUCGACAGAUACCGCCGAAUCAACAUUUUUGAAUUGGGCUCUUUGACACGAUGGACUGAGAUUCGUAAGAAAAAUAGAU